UUUUUUUUUUUUUUAUACGGGACAUGUGUACCACGUGGGUCCGAGACGGAGGAUCCACCUGCUGCCGCUCCUCUCGAGUAGGAUUAGGCGGGCAGGCAAGACGGAUGGCCUGACCCUCGGAGCAAAUCUUCCAUGGACCGUUCACGAAAAGAUGAUUCGCCACCGCCGUGCAUCUUUCCCGGAUUUCCGCGUCGACGAGGUCGCCGGCGAUCCGCCGUGAUCAGGGCGCUGGAUCUGAGAUCGAUUCUAGCCCUGAUGACGCUGAGCAUGGCCGGUGUCUCGUCAUCCCAUAUGCCCGAGAAAUAUCCCAUAGAAGUGUAUCAUAUGUUACAAGAAAGAACGCAGUUUGGAAUUAGCCAUGACAACAGGAUAAGAGGGACUUGGGGUACGUGGAGCUCAUGGAGCGAGUGCUCUAGAUCUUGUGGUACUGGUAUUCAAUCCCAGUUUCGGGAAUGCGUCCCUUUACGGAGACUUUUAAGGAGGCGAAGCAUUAUCUCGGAGAACGGUACGAGCAACGCCAGGCCCAUUUGUAUCGGCACAUAUAAGCGCUAUCACACGUGCAAUACACAGGAAUGCCCGAACUUCCCGGAAGACUUGCGAGCGGAACAGUGCGCCAAGUACAACGGGAGGAACUACAGGGGCCGCAGUUACGUCUGGGUGCCUUUCGUAGACGCACCAAACUCCUGCGCGCUCAAUUGCCGUGCAGUCGGCGAGCGUUUUUACGCAACGCUUGAACCGGCAGUAAUGGACGGCACGCCCUGCGAUGCUCCGAAUCUUCGCGGACGCGCCGGCGGCGGGAUUUCGUCGGAACGCAACGGCGAACGGUGGCUCUGCGUCGCCGGACAAUGCAAGCCUGUAGGAUGCGACGGGGUGGUGGGUUCCGGUGCGGCGAUGGACGCCUGCGGCGUAUGCGGUGGUCAAGGCAAAGGGUGCAGGUUGUUCGAGGGCAUCUUUAUGGAGCCGAUUCUAUCCAAGGGUCACCAGCAGGUGACCACAAUUCCGAAGGGUGCUAUGUCGCUCAACAUUUCCGAGCUUCGAUUCAGCAGUAAUUUUCUAGCGUUGAGAGACAGUAACGGCAGUUACAUCCUAAACGGACCGUGGUCUUACAGUCCCAGUGGUACUUAUAAAGCGGCUGGUACGACAUUAACAUACCAGAGAGGCGAUAGGAACCGUAUGGAGUGUAUCUUGGCGACCGGACCGUUGAAUCAGUCUCUACAUUUAGAGAUCUUAUCCGUGGAAUUAAAUCCAGGAGUUUUGUACAAGUACAUGCUACCCAUGAGGGAAGUGCCGGACAGUAAAGCGGUAAUUGCACCGCCAUUGCUUGUCGCAGGAAAUGAUCGAGGCAACGAGAUAUCUAGUCCAGAUGCUCACGUGACUGUGCGAGUACCCGUCACAAGCAUAUCGGAUCGGCGAAGCGAUUUAUCUUCGACGCGUCGCGAUCGCGAUUCGCCGCGCGCGCACGACGGCGGACGGAAGGAAGAGAUGAAGCAUCCGCCGACCACGGUGAUGGCGGGUGAUCAGCCAAAGUCAAAGGCAACGAGGAGGAAGAAGAGGAGGAAGUUCACCUGGAAAAUAGUCGGCCUCGCUCCCUGCUCAAAGGAAUGUGGGGGAGGCGUGCAGACGACGAUUCUUAAGUGCAUCCGUGAGAGCAAUCAGACACCCGUCAACGACAAGCGCUGUCGCAACGUGGAAAAACCGACGCAUCCUCCUCCACUGCGAUGCAACGAUCAUCCUUGCGCCGCUAGAUGGCGAGUCGAGCCGUGGAGCGAGUGCUCGGUUACUUGCGGGCUCGGCACCAGAACGCGAAAGCUCGAGUGCGUCCAGGAGCUGAACGCGAGAUUGACAAUGCGCGUUGCCGCUGGGGCAUGCAUGCAACCGGCAGAUCUGAGCACCGUGGAAACUUGCAAUCGACCGGCGUGUCCCAACGCGGGUCCGGAAUUAAGGCACAUGACUUCGCAGCACGACGCGCCUAGGUGGGACGUGGGCGCAUGGAGCCCGUGUUCGGCGACGUGCGGUCGUGGAACUCGAAAUCGAACGGUGACUUGCAUAACGUCCGGAGAAUCCUGUUCAUUAGCCAACAGACCGGAAUCCCAAAAAGCGUGCGAGGUAGCGGCUUGUAAUGCGGUGACAGACACGGGACAUCACGCGCCCUGGCUAUAUUCGGAAUGGUCCUCAAAGUGCUCCGCAGAAUGUGGGAAUGGCGUUAGAAUCAGAAGAGUGGCAUGCGCCGACGGUAGCGAAUUAUUCUGCAAUCCUAAAGAGAGACCGGAAACGGAGAUGCGUUGCUUUGGACAAGAGAUGAACUGCGAGCAAGCCAAGUGGUUUGCUAGUCCAUGGACUUCUUGUUCCGUCUCAUGCGGCAUUGGCGUACAACAUCGUGAUAUCGCUUGUAUAGCUAAAACAAAUAUCAAAUUUGUCGUGCUACCAGCGAAAAAUUGCAGUGAUCCCAAACCAACGACCGAGCAAGUCUGCAGAAUGUCCGCGUGUUCGCCAGAAUGGUUCACCUCAGACUGGUCGACGUGUUCCGCGACAUGCGGAGAUGGAGUGCAAACACGACUUGUACGGUGUAUCGUUGAUGGUAUUAGCAGUACUAGUUGUACGGAAAUUAGCAAACCAAGCGUCCAGCAACGAUGUAACGUGGAACCGUGUAAGAAGGAGGUAUCAGUGGUGGUGAACAAACCGCCGAAAAAAGUGCACGAGUCGUCUGAGUGCGUAGACAAGUAUCCGAAUUGCGUUUUAGUAGUAAAAAACGGUUUGUGCCGAAUCAAAUAUUACAAACAUUCGUGUUGUCAAUGCCGUCAGUAAUUGGAACAGCAAUUUUGCGUUCAUCCACGAGUCUGUUGACCGCGAGUGUGCAGCUGGCGAUCGUUGAAAAUACAGAUAUUAUGUCGGAACGGGCAAAUUAUAUGCCGAGCAUAAGACUGCUACAAAGAGAGAUGAUCACAUAUAUGUAAUUUUAUUUAUAUUACGCGACGCGAAACCGAAUCACACGUGUCUUACAUAAUUUUAUCUACAUGUCUUACAUAUUCCUUUCUACCGUAACGUAAUAGCAGAAUUCUUAUGGAAUAUUAGAAUUUCUCUUCCUCAAAGAAGACAUACGGAUGAAUAUUCAGGACGAUGCAUUGCGAUUGAUUUCAUCUUAAUAGUUAGAUUAUGAAUAUUUGAGUAAACGUCGAAACAAUUUAUAAA